CAAUGAUUUGUUGUGGUGGACUUGAGUUCCCCCUUUAGAUGGAGCUGUGUAAAAGAUUUUUUUCUCUUUGGCCAUCAGUAUGGUAAAAACUUAAAAAGCCAUAGCAAGUAUGUCUGAUUGUUUCUGUAGUGGAUUUACCCCAUAUUUGUCCUAUGUUAUUUAGGAGUGGACUGGACCACUGUGUCCAUGGAAGGGCAAUCAAAUAAGAAGAGAGAAAGAAAGACCAUACAAGAAAAGCUUAAGUGACUCAUUGCUGUACUGAGUUAAAAUACAUUUUUCUUUAAUUUUUCAAAAGACAAGAAAAGAAAAUCAAGUGCAAUACUUCGAAAAAGGGGUGACCUGCUGCUUGUGCCUGUUUUCCAUCAUUGCAGACUGAAGUUAAUAUUUUCACAAAUUCAGAGGAAGUGCAAUGGUUCCCUUACUCCUAUCACUGCUGCUCCUCGAGUCGCUGGCUGACAAAGUUUGUGUCAGCAUUUCAAACAGUGGCAUUAACACUACCUUGGAUUAUGCAAACAUCUUUGAGGACCAAUAUGGUAACUUGAACUGUUCGACGAGUGGUUUACCCUGCAUCUUUCAGUGCACGUUCAGCAGUUGGUUCAAUGGAUCAUCAUCUUGCUUAGAGAUCAAUGUGACAAAAUUUCCCACUGAGGUUGUGGACAUCACAAAACAAAAUGAAAUUUGCAUUGUCAACUUAUGUGAGGACGAGACCAUCUUACCACUGGUUGAGUUACUGUAUAAUGACACCUCUCAUCAGAAGGAAAUGAUGCAACUCUUCUACAUCAGGGAUUCAUGUGCACAGCUCUUCAGUAGCAGCCACAAUGUCACAAGAAGCUUUAUAAAAGUGGAAAAGCAGAUAAUCCAUAACAUCAUGCGAACAGCCCAACUGGAAACUGGAGACUCCAUACAAUACUACCUGAAAACCUUGUUUCUGAAUGUGGUAAACCUCAGUGAUGCUGAACUAAACUCCACAGAAGAUGACUCCACCAUUCAGAUAAAAGCUCCACAGCUGCCUCAGAACAAGUCAUUUGUCCCCGACAUUUGGCUGCCAGUGUUUGACCUGCGCACCAUCCCAAAGGACGGGAGGAUUAUUGGUCUGGUCACCUACAUGUCGGACAGCCAAUUCCAAUUUGAACAAGAACAUUUCUCAUCAAUGGUCAUCAGGAUAGAGCUACUGGGGAAGAAACGGCUUCAUAAUCUGAAAACGCCCAUCACAAUGAUUUUCCAAACCUUUACAAUCGCAGAUAUGGACAAUGACUCAUGGUUAGAGUGUCGCUACUUUGAUGAACAUGAUUAUGUCUGGAAAACAGAUGGAUGUGAGACAUACAACAGAACCAAUAGUAGCCAAACUGACAUUAUUUGCAACUGUGACCAUACAACACCAUUUGCUGUCCUAAUGAUAAGAGAAUCAAUUUCAGAGGUCCACUGGGAAAUACUGUCAUACAUCAGUUACAUAGGCUGUGGCCUGUCAGCCUUCUUCACUGCUUUGUCCCUUGUGAUAUAUGUCUUCAGUCGAAACCACAGAAUGGAUUACUCCAUCUCUAUCCAUGUAUCUCUCAGUGUUGCCUUGUUGCUGCUCAAUACAACCUUCUUGCUUACCGAGUGGGGGGCCACGGUGAAGUCAGACUGGGUGUGUGUGUUUGUUGCAGCUCUCAUGCAUUACUCCUUGCUCUGCUGUUUCACCUGGAUGGCCAUAGAAGCACUUCAUCUCUAUCUACUGCUGAUAAAGGUGUUUAACACCUACUACAAACACUACCUGCUCAAACUGUCUCUUGCAGGAUGGGGAAUCCCUGGUAUAAUUGUGGCUGUCUCUUUGGGAGUGAAGGACUUUAAACAGUUUUAUGGAGUUACACCAAUGAUCAUGGCCGAUACUAACCAAACUAGUGUCAUCUGCUGGAUCACAGAUGACUCCUUCUUCUACUCUUUGAACUUGGUGUACUUCACCCUUAUAUUUAUCUUCAACUCUGGCAUAUUGAUGGUGGUGGCCUCUAGCAUCUGUAAGAUGAAACGAGUGACCAGGAGCAAGCCAACGCUUGGAGAUGAGGGAAAGAUUUGGAGAGACCCAGAGAGGUUCACUGAGUCCUGCAAGAGUGGCCUCACUGUGUUGGGUCUUACCUGCCUUAUGGGGACCACCUGGGGUCUUGCCUUCCUGGGCUCAGGAUAUGUCAACUACCCUAUCCUCUACCUUUUCUGCAUCCUGAACUCUACACAAGGUUUCUUUAUCUUCCUUUGGAUCUGCCUGUCAACCAAGAAGCAGAGAAAGAAAGACAUGGAAGACAGAAUGACUUCAACUCCUGUGAAGACUUCAGGUAUCAAAUCUGAUUAGACCCCCUUUCCUGCCAUUAGUCCGGAUGAGAUGAUAAAGCCCAGAUGUAAUCUUUGAUAGUAAUCCCUCGUUAAUGUAACCAUAGCAACAGUAACCCCUGAGAUGUUAUAUUCCAAGAACUGUAAACUUUUAAUAAAUAUUGUUGUCAAUUCUGUCAUUAAAGUAAACUUGUUUCCUUCACUAACCUACUGUAGAAUACUGUAUAUAUGCUAUUGAAUAAAGUCUUAAUAUAUCAGUAUAGAACAAUGGUCACCUGUUUCUAU